AUGGCAAUUCAACAUAUAGGAGCUCUCUACAAGUAUGACGUCGCUAGGAUGUAUGCCUCCAUCUUGAGGAGCAGUGGCUUCAUGAUCCCAAUCAAGUGCGGCGAGUUCCAGCAUCUGACCGACGAGGAGCUCAGCGCAAUGAGAACCAUUCCAUUCGGUAUCUAUCGCGCAACGAUCAAUGGUACUCAUGGCGCCUUCAAGCACAACAAGAACGAUUACUACACUCACUAUGACCUCAUCUUUGCCAAGGAGCUAGGACUGACAUUCAAUCUCAAGACUGGCAGCAAGGCCAAUGCGCUCAUAUACGACAGCAGCUGCAGGAAGUUUGGCUCCGAUCUAUUUGGCAAGUACAUCGAUCAGGUUCUCGGCUGGAUAGAUGCUUGUGAACCCAAAUCUAGACUAGAGGAGUUAUGCAAGUGUCUCUAUCAACGUCUCUGGGGCGCUCUCUCCAAGCGCAACAAGACCAAGCAAUGCGCCAACAUGGAGUGCGACGCAGAGGUGAUAGAGACCAGCGAUGGACAGAGAACGAUCAAGCACAUUGAUAUCAACCUGGACGAGGACUACUCAAUCGAUCGCAUCACUCCAACAGCCAAUGGAAGCGCGAUGAUCAAAUCAGCAUGCAACACCGACAUGUUCGACACGCCAUUCGCUCGCAUCAUGCCAUUCAUCAUCUCUCGUGGUCGCAAGAUGAUUGGAACGAUAAUAAAGGACGACAUUGACUGCAUCAAGCGCGUGCACACCGAUGGAUUCGUCUCGACCAAGCCAUGGACUGGCAAGCGGCUCAAGCGAUCAUUGGAAUACCCCAAGUUGGGCAAGGAGUGUGGCGACCUGCGAUAUGAGGGCUAUUGUCCCGAUGUCAUUGUCAAGAACAUGACCAAGCCAGUAGGAGAGUUUGAAAUAUGGGCUAAUAUAUAUAAUGGCAGCAACGACGAAACCGACUGA